AUGAGUUCGUCAAAAAAGCGAAGUGGAAACAAAUCAGCAUCCCUUGUAAAUCGGGAUGAAGCCGUUCAGGUGGUUGUCAGGUGCCGGCCUAUGAAUACAAAAGAAAAAGAUUCAGGUUGUACGCAGGUUGUUCAAGUGUUUCCACAUUCAGGUGAAAUUGAAGUUUUGUGCUGUAAUGAAAAUGUCAUGAAUAAUCAAGUAGAUCAAAGGAAAAUUUUCACUUUCGAUGCCGUUUACGAUCACAAAGCCAAACAACAAGAUUUAUAUGAUGAGGCAGUUAGACCUUUGGUUGUGUCAGUUUUGCAGGGAUUUAAUGCGACAAUAUUUGCAUAUGGUCAAACAGGUACUGGAAAAACAUUUACAAUGGAAGGUGUUAAAAAAAAUCCUGUUUCAAAAGGAAUCAUACCGAGAUCAUUCGAACAAAUAUUUAUGCACAUAGAAAACACAGAAAAUAUGCAGUAUCUUGUUAGAGUGUCUUACAUGGAAAUUUACCAAGAAAAAAUAAGGGAUUUAUUAGAAGACCCAAAACAUCCGAAAAGGCAUGAAAUUAGAGAAACACCUGAUGGUGAAAUAUAUGUUGAAGAUUUGAUGCUCAUUAAUUGUAAAGAUGUUUCUCAAAUUGAAAAAGUUAUGUACAUGGGUAAUUUGAAUCGAACCAUCGGAGCAACUGACAUGAAUGAACACAGUUCGAGAUCGCAUGCAAUAUUUCAAAUUAGGAUAGAAAUGAGCGAAAUAAACACAGAAGAAAAAUACAGUAAUAUCAAAUUAGGUAUGUUAAAUUUAGUCGAUUUAGCUGGAAGUGAAAGGCAAAACAAAACCGGUUCAACAGGUGAAAGGUUAAAAGAAGCAAGUAAAAUUAACCUUUCCCUGUCGGCGUUAGGAAAUGUAAUUUCUGCACUGGUAAACGGUUCCGGCUCUCACAUCCCAUACAGGGAUUCAAAAUUAACUAGAUUGCUACAAGAUUCGUUAGGUGGAAAUUCCAGAACUUUAAUGAUAGCAAACAUAGGUCCUGCCAGUUACAAUUUAGAAGAAACAUUAACUACUCUAAGGUACGCUCACCGCGCUAAAAGUAUACAAAAUAAGCCUAGAGUUAAUGAAGAUCCGAAAGACACGUUAAUGAGAAAACUCAAAGAUGAAAUAGCUCAGUUGCAAGAAGCAUUAGCCAAAAAAAAUCAAGAGCAAGAAAUAAGAAAGAAGAAAAAGAGUUCUAAAAAGAAACCUAAAGUUCAAGAAAUCAUGAGUGAAAAAAGCGAUGAUGAUUACGAGACGAAUAAGGAAGACGUUUCAGAUGAUGUUAACGAAGACACAUUGAUGAACGACGAAGAAUUGUUGAAACAAAACGAAGAAGCCCAUGAACUCAUGGAGAAAAUUCAAUCCCUCGAAAAUAAAAUGGUUCUCGGUGGGAAAAACAUAGUCGAUCAUACGAACGAACAACAAAGAGCCCUUGAAAAAAGCCUUGCGGAAAUUGCUGAGAAAAAAAGGAAAGAAAUGGAAAUGAGACGCAAGUUGGAACAGGAAGACGAAUCGUUUGAAAUAGUCAUGGGAAACUAUCAGAAUUUACAACAGGAAGUGGAUUUGAAAACGAAAAAAUUGAAAAGGUUAUUUUCAAAGUUGCAAUAUUUAAAACAGGACAUAAUCGACAACACGGAAGUAUUUAACAAGGAGAGGAGAGAUUUAGAAGACACUCAGAGUGCCUUAAUAAAAGAUCUUAAGCUAAAAAGGUUGAUUAUCGAUAAUUUUAUGCCUAUCGAACAAUUUAAUAAAGUUUUAGCAAGUAUGAAAUACGACGAAAACGAAGAUGUUUGGAAACCCGGAAGAAUCGAAUCGAAUCAGGUAUUGUCGAAAAGGCCGCUCGCUGUUGUCGGGGAAAGAAGGCCGACGUCAGAAUAUGCAAGAGUCGCACAUCAGUUAAGCAGCACUCCAAGGUACAGAAGCGAAAACGUUUUAGAUUUAGAUUUGUACAUGCCUGAAAGGACAACAAUGGAUUACGAAGAACCCGUGGUCGAACCUAAAAUUUUAGCCAUGUUGGACAGAGCUUUGCAAGUCGAAGAUAACAUAGACAUCGAUGCAUCGAGAGUGAAAAGUUACCCCGGAAGAUAUUCGGCAAGACCCAGGCACGCUUCUGCAGCUCCGUCGAAAUCCAAAAGGCAAGGUUUAUCAAGUGCAGCUCCAGUUUUUCCAAAAGCCAGAGGUUUGGUUCCGAAAUAA